AAGACCAAUUGGAAAUCCAUUUGCCCAAGUUGCUCUCUUUCCCUUGUUCGAAGUAUUCUCAUCAGAAGAAUUAAGGAACUAGCUUUGCCUCACCCCCAUUCUUUCUUUUGAGUUUUGCACACUCUAGCUAGCUUUACUUUAGGGACUGUUCAUUUUUCCUUUUUCCAAAUUUAUAUAUUCAAUUCUUGUUCCCUUUUUUUUCUCUCUUUUAAUUAAUGUCUCUUUUUUAAUUGAUCGGUAGCUAGAAAAAAUAGAUAAAGUGCAGAGGGACAACAGUGGCCACAUGAACUUUUCACUUUUAUUCAUGCUUUGAGUUUGGUGGGCAUUCCUUAUAUAUCUAAAUCUUGCUUUAGCGAGACAGAUUUGUGCUUUUGGUUUGCCCAAAUUGUUUCUCUGUCAGAAUUUCCAAAGGUUUUUCUUCUUCUUUAUGUUUUCUGAAUGAAAGUGUCCUUGAAUGUCAAGCUUCUUAUGAUUAUUUCUUUUGGCAUUUUGUUUCGAUAUACAAAACUUGGUGAGGUUCUCAGUCUUAGUACCACAAUGAAUCUAGUUUGGCUUGUGUCGAUACUCCUCAUCUGCAGACAAGGCUCCAUAGAAGCGGACUCAAGACCCGCUGUCGUGAAUGUUGGCGCAAUGUUUGCAGCGGGCAGCAUCAACGGAAGAGUCUUAAAGAUUGCCAUUGAGGCGGCUAGGAACGAUGUCAAUUCUGAUCCAAGCAUUCUUCAUAAAACUAAAUUAUCCAUAUCUUUUCAUAAUUCCAACUACAGCGGAUUUCUUGGACUCAUUGGAGCGUUAAAGUACAUGGAGUCUGAUACAUUUGCUAUAAUUGGUCCACAAAAUUCUGUGAUGGCUCACAUACUCUCACAUCUUGCCAAUGAGCUACGUGUCCCGUUAUUGUCAGUCACGGCGCUGGACCCCACCCUAGCAAGUCUGCAGUACCCUUUCUUUGUUCAAACUGCACCGAAUGAUCAAUUCCAGAUGGCUGCUAUUGCAGACAUUGUUAGUUAUUUCGGUUGGUCAGAGGUAGUUGCGAUUUUCACAGACGAUGACAACAGCCGAAAUGGUGUUGCUGCAUUAGGUGAGAAACUUGCAGAAAAACGCCACAAGAUUUCAUACAAGGCAGUACUUCCACCUGACCCGGAACCAACUCGAGAAGAUGUAAAAAAUCUGUUGAUAAAGGUUCGAAUGAUGGAGUCUCGAGUGAUCGUUAUACACACAUUCUCCACAUCUGGUCUCCUGGUUUUUGAUGUUGCUAAAGAACUUGGGAUGAUGGAGAGUGGAUAUGUUUGGAUAGCCGCAACUUGGCUGUCUACUGUUUUAGAUUCAACUUCACCUCUUUCUUCGAAAACUGCCAGCUCCAUCCAAGGUGCUCUGACUCUUCGUCCACACACGCCGGAUUCUAAGCAAAAAAGGGAUUUCAUAUCGAGGUGGAACGAGUUGAGUAAUGGCUCUAUCGGGUUGAACCCUUACGGUCUGUAUGCCUAUGAUACAGUUUGGAUGCUUGCCCGUGCUAUAGAUUUGCUUUUGGAACAAGGAAGCAGCAUUGCCUUUUCCAACAUUACUAGUAUAGGACCUAUUGGCGGUCUUAAAGGAGGGACUUUGAACCUGGGUGCAUUGAGCAUUUUUCAGGGUGGGAAGCAGUUGCUGGACAAUAUUUUGCGUACAAAUACAACUGGUCUGACUGGUCGGGUAGCAUUUCAUCCAGAUAGAUCGCCAUUGAAUCCUUCAUAUGAAAUCAUUAACACAAUCGCAAAUGGAUAUCAAAGAAUUGGAUACUGGUCUAACUACUCUGGUAUAUCUCUUGUUGCCCCUGAGAAAUUAUCCAACCGGUCUAAUGCGAACCAACGUUUGGACACUGUUAUAUGGCCCGGAGGGACAACAGUUAAGCCUCGGGGAUGGGUUUUUCCAAACAAUGGAGAGAAAUUGAGAAUUGGAGUGCCAAAUCGAGUCAGCUUUCAAGGCUUUGUGUCACAUACAAGUGGUACUGAUGUAGUUGAAGGAUACUGCAUUGAUAUAUUCAUUGCAGCCAUAAAUUUACUUCCUUACGCAGUUCCAUAUAAGUUUGUUCUGUUUGGUGAUGGCCUCAAGAACCCUAGCUACAACGAGCUCGUAAACAUGGUUGCUUCAGGUAAGUUUGAUGCUGCGGUAGGUGACAUUGCAAUCGUCACUAACCGGACAAAGAUUGUGGAUUUCACUCAGCCGUAUAUAGAGUCGGGGCUAGUUGUGGUGGCUCCAGUUAGGGAUUCGAAUUCAGCUUGGGUAUUCUUAAAGCCAUUUUCUUCAUCAAUGUGGGGUGUAACGGCAUCCUUCUUCCUAAUCAUUGGAUUAGUGAUAUGGAUUCUUGAACAUAGAAUAAACGAUGAGUUCCGAGGUCCUCCUAGGAACCAGAUUGUCACAAUUUUAUGGUUUAGCUUCUCUACUAUGUUUUUUGCUCACAGAGAGAACAUCAUCAGCAUGCUAGGCCGCAUGGUGCUGAUCAUCUGGCUUUUUGUAGUUCUAGUGAUCAACUCAAGCUACACGGCUAGCCUGACAUCAAUGCUCACAGUACAACAACUAUCAUCUCCCAUCACCAGCAUCGAUACCUUGAUAACUAGCACAGAACCUAUAGGAUUCCAAAUCGGAUCUUUUGCUCAGAACUAUUUGGUUGAGCAGCUCGACAUCCCAAAGUCCAGACUAGUUCCUCUUGGCUCGCCAGAAGCUUAUGCAACCGCGCUUAAGGACAAAACUGUUGCUGCUGUGGUUGACGAAAGAGCAUAUAUAGAACUCUUCCUCUCAGAAAACUGCAAGUUCUCGAUUAGGGGGGCAGAAUUCACCAAAAGUGGGUGGGGAUUUGCAUUUCCAAGAGACUCUCCUUUCGCAAUUGACAUGUCAACUGCCAUCCUCACUCUAUCUGAAAAUGGUGAUCUCCAGAAAAUUUAUAACAAAUGGCUCUCCAGAAAGAUUUGUGCUUCAGAGAGCUCCAGCAUCGUAUCCGACCAGCUUCAACUACAAAGCUUCUGGGGGCUAUUCCUAAUCGCCGGCAUUGUAUCUUUUUUUGCUCUACUCAUUUACUUGUUUACCACGCUACACCAGUACAAACGCCAUACCCCCGAAGCUGAAGAUCAAGCCGAGCCUUCGAGCCAAGAAAACAUCAACUCUCACUCUACCUUAACACGCCUCCUCAUGUUCUUGUCCUUCGUGGACAAAAAGGUAGACAAAUCGAAGAAAAAUAAGUCGAAAAGAAAGCGCAACGAAAGCGUAGUACCAAAUGGUCCAAAUGUGAUUGAAAAUGAAGAUGAUCAAUCAGUAAGGAAUGCUUCCAAGAGAAUACAGAUCGACAACCCUCAAGAGAUGCAUAAUGCUGACAAUGACAUUUGGCUAACUCGUUAAUUAAACAUGAUUAAGUAGUUAAUCAUAUCGUGUUUUUCUGACCAAGAAAGAAUCAUAUCAUAUUUUGUCUUCUACUCCCUUGUACUAAUUUUAAGAAAAAUUGAUCAUCAAACUUGGUAAUGUAUUGUCAUAUUUCAUUUUUCAAGAAUACAUUGCUAUU